AUGACACAACAGGCUGAUGUUAUCACUAUACAUCAGAUGCGACUGCACCGCUGUGAGGGCUGCCUCGCGGCCUGCCGGCCGGAGCGCCGAGCAACGCCGCCCUACGAGCUGCCCCGCUCGCUCUCCAAGUGCGGUCUCCUGGAACGCGCACGCCGCUCACCGUACAAAACACAAGUCGCGAGGGCCGCACGCGCCGACAACAUGGCGGAGCCCCCGCCGCCGACGCCUACCACGCCUCCGGACAAUAACGCGCCACCGAUGCCAUGGUUCGGCAUGGACAUUGGAGGCACACUCACUAAGCUGGUGUACUUCGAGCCGAGAGAGAACAAUCGCCGGGAAUUGGACAAAGAAACAGAAGUUUUGAAGAAUAUCAGGCGGUAUCUUACCAGGAACUCUGCUUACGGGAAGACUGGAAGACGAGAUGUACAUUUGCAAAUGGAGAACGUAACGAUACGAGGCCGUCGCGGCAGCCUCCACUUCAUCAGAUUCCCCACCAGCGAAGUUGGCGCCUUUCUCCAACUAGCCCGUUCCAAGGGCAUGGCCGACUUGGUCAAUACUAUUUACGCAACUGGAGGCGGGGCGUAUAAAUUUGAGGAAGACUUUAAGAAGGAAGUGAACAUGAGACUAUCGAAAUUAGACGAGCUGGACGCACUGAUCGCCGGCGUACUGUUCGUGGAUUCAAUGAACGCUCAAGAGUGCUACUACUGGGCCCCUCCAAACGAGGAGCCCGUUCAUCAACACCCUACUGAUACGCCACCGUACUCCGCGGAAGCGCUGAGCGCGUACGUACGGAAGCCGUUCGACUUCUCGUCGCCGUAUCCCUUCCUGCUCGUGAACAUCGGCAGUGGCGUCUCCAUGCUGGUCGUGAACGGGCCCAGCGAUUACUACCGAGUCAGCGGCACUAGUCUGGGUGGCGGCACGUUCCUGGGUCUUUGCUGCCUGCUGACCGGCUGCAGCAGCUUCGAGGAGGCGAUCGCGCUGGCGGCCUCCGGGGACAACACCACCGUCGACAAGCUCGUGCGCGACAUUUACGGCGGGGACUACGCGCGCUUCGGACUGCCCGGGGAUUUGGUCGCUAGCAGCUUCGGGCAGAUGUGCGCGGUGGAGCGGCGCGCGAAGGUGUCGCGCGAGGACCUGGCGCGCGCCACGCUCGUCACCAUCACCAACAACAUCGGCUCCAUCGCGCGCCUCUGCGCCUCCAACGAGAACAUCCAACGGGUGGUGUUCUGCGGGAACUUCUUGCGUGUGAACCCGCUGUCCAUGAAGCUUUUGUCGUACGCCAUGAGCUACUGGUCCCGUGGUGCUUUGAAGGCGUUAUUCCUAGAGCACGAAGGCUACUUCGGUGCCGUCGGCUGCCUAUUGCAUCUCGACAGCAAUCGCAGGCGGGAGAACGUCUCGCGUCACAGUUCGCCCAUGAACCUGGAUCCGGGGCAUGCGGAUAGGUGA